AUGGAAAACUCGGAUUCCGACGAUGAAGGAGAUGGAGUUCCGGCCCAACGCAUAAGUCAAACGGACCGAUUGGUUUGGGAAGAAGAUUUCUUCAGACUCGUCAACAAUCUGAGUGAAGAAGAUUACAAACUUAUGAGAGACAACAAUCUUCUAGGCAUUCCAGGUGAAAGUACAGAAGAAGUGUUGCUGAGAAGACUUCAGCUAAUUAAAGAAAACCCACCACAAGACUCAGAUGAAAAUACAGAUAGAGGAGACUCUUCAGAUGAUGUGUCUAGUGGCGACUCUAUAAUAGACAGGCUUAACUGUUUUGGACAAACUGAAAAUAUGACAAGUGGACAAAGAGAAAACCAAUCUUGGAGAGAAGAGGGCCAAAUUAGUCCUAAAAGUGACCAGUUCAGAUUCACUUUAGAAAGAAAUUUUCACCUUGAUAAUGGGAGUCCAAAUCCAGAGAAUGAAUAUGUAGCAUCUGCAAGACUUCCCAGAAGAGAAAAUAUGGAAGACAGCCAAAGGCAAGUGGAAAAUCCACAAUCUGGAUCAAUAUUUACAAGACCAUCUAUGUCUGAACAAGAUACAACUGAAACAUUAAUGGAAUUCUCACCUACCAGAAGUCAGAGAAGAGCAAGAAGUAGGAGCCCAGAGUAUCAGAGAACCAGAGCAAGAAUUGAAAGUUGGCCGCCUCCACGUUCACUUAGGGAAAGUGUACAAAGACUUAAUCAUAGUAUACCAUCUCAGACUUCUGAGCAGCCUCUGGUAAGUGAGAAUGUGAGAUUUUCUAGAACUGAGCACCAAGAAAUAUUGAGACAGCAAAUGACUGGAUUUGAGUUGCACAAUAGUGGUCUUAUUGAAACUUUUAGAACAAGGAAUGCCGUUCAUGGAGAAAAUUCUCCAGAUACAACCAGCAGUGAUAAAUCUUGGGGAAUGAGGGAAGUAUAUCCGACCAUACCCUUCAAUCUUGAAGUAGGACAAGUUCAUUCUGGAGCAUAUUCUCAGAGAGACAGCAUAGCUAGUAGAACUCAGUUAACAUCUGAGACACCAAACAACACCGUCAGUUCUGAAAGUGAACGAGGAUGGAGGCAUGUGUAUUCACAUUCUGAGCGGGCAGAUGUGAGAGCUUAUGUCAUUACCAUCAGAAAUCCCGUUUGUAGAAUUUUAAAUACUAGCUUAGAUGAUACAACAUCUGUUCCAAUUCAGAGCACGUUAAGGCAGACAAUGACAGGAUUUAGUAACUCAAGUAACCUUAUGGACAGUGACAGUAAUUUAGAGCAUAGUGUCUCACCUCCAAGUCAAAACAUGGAAUGGCCAGAGUCACCAGAUGAGAGCGAUGGUCCUAAUGGUAGUAGUAGUAGUAGAUUUGGUUCUGAUUCAAAUCCUAGCUAUAAUCCCCAUUCAAGUUCCACACUGAUUUGUCAUUCAAGCCCCAAUUGUAUGUCUAGUUCCAGUUCUCGUCCUAUUUCCAUUUCCAGCUCAAGUGAUGAAAAUUCAGAAAUUAGCUCACUGAUGUUUGAAGGCACUGAAGAAAGAAACUCAUCAUCAGACUUACCAUCAGAGACCAGGCAAGGGGGUAGACAAAUGACCCCAGUAAUAUCUGAUGAAAGUGACCCUUUGCUCUUCCUUAGUCUGGAACAGUUUUUCCUCUUAGAUGAAGAUGAUCUAGACCAACCUACAGGACUCAGCAAAGCACAGAUUGACAACUUGGCUGUAAGAUCUUUUGAUGAAAAUGAUGCAUUAAAAGCUUGCAGCAUUUGCAUUACAGAGUAUACUGAAAACAGCAAGCUUCGCAUCCUACCUUGCUCCCAUGAAUAUCACAUUUACUGCAUUGAUCGCUGGCUCUCUGAGAACUCUACCUGUCCUAUUUGUCGUGGGCAAGUAGUGGAUUCCAAUGAGAGUGAAAAUCCUAAUUGA